AUUAAUAUAUCCUAAAAAAAUUUUCGACAAUAAUCGCUUUCAGUUAUCGAUUAAAUGUCUCAUCUCCCAUCUCCUUACAUGUGUCCCAUCUCUAAAACAUUUAACAGCUGAGUGCGUAAUUAAUUUCACGAAAUGGAUAAGGCAUUGAACAUGUAUUCAAUUGAACUACAGCGCAACGCAAGUCGUAAAAGUAAAGUGUGGGAGUUUUUUGGUGUCUUGCAAGCGAAAGAAGAAAACAAGUUCAUCGAAGAAGACAAGGUUUUUUGCAAAUUGUGUUUGGAUGAACAGAAAAAAGAAGACGAAACAACAAUCUUUUCAUGUGCUAAAAUUCAAUCAUAUUCUAAGAACUGUUCCACAGGGAACUUAACUCGUCAUCUUAAAAAUGAACGCAAUAUACGUGAAAUCGACUCUCCGAGUACAUCAUUGGCUUCACGAGGAAAAAUAUCAUCUUUUUUCAACAAGUGCACUCCAAUAAAAUCUCAUAGAGAUAGUAAAUGGGCGCUGGGACGGGAGCUUGCUUUGUAGAUGGCUAGAGAUCUUCUACCAUUUCAUAUAAUUUGCCACAAUGGACUAAAAGACUUCUUAACCAAAUACAAAGUUGUUGUGUCUCCUGAUGACAUUCCUCAUUACAAAACGCUUUCAACAACUGCACUCGACGAUGUGUAUGAAUGCAUUUUUCAAGCAGUUAGUCGUAUGGUAUCUGGACAAGAACACUUUGCCCUAACUUUUGAUUUGUGGACGGACAACUAUAGAAGAAGAAGUUAUAUAACAUUUACCUUCCAUUUUUUGUCACGGAACUUUGCGAUGAAGCAUUUAACGCUGGAAACAAAGUACGUGUCGAAGUCUCAUACGGCAAGUAAUAUUUUAACAGAGCUCGAAAAUGUUUCCGAAAUGUUUAGUUUGCAAAUGGGUUCUAAUUUCGUCGUAACCGACCAAGGCAGCAACAUCAAAAAAGCUAUCAGUAUGGGGUGUAUAAACAACCAUUUCUGCCUUGGACAUGGACUACACAAUUUGCUUAAUGUAGAUGGCUUCAAUUCCGAGUCGGAAAUCAAAAAUUUAAUUGUAAAGUGCAAAAAUAUUGUGAGUGCUUUACGAUUUAAGAAACAUAUCUUGAAAUGUCAAGCUGACGCACUUCAAAAUGAAGUUUUGUCCAAUAUCGACAAUUUAGAAGAACUGCUAGCUUCCGAAGAUACUGAAUGGGUUGACUACGAUGAUGAUUUUGGGCCAUUAGAUGAUGUUCCCUUGCAAACUUAUAUGAAUAUAAACAACCCUAAUGACUUGCGAAGUAGUUUGGUGGACAAGAGAAAUGUUUCUCUUAAGAACUCGGUCCCAACUAGGUGGCACAGCGUGUUAACCAUGCUAGACAGUCUUGGGUGCCAAAAAACUGCGAUCAACAAAUUGCUUACAAGCAGCAAUAAGACUCAUUUAAUAUUAUCAGAGACUGAAGCACAGCUUUUAUAUAAGUUACGCGAUUUCUUGAAAAAAUUUAAAGACGCUGUCAAUAUUUUGUCUGGAGAUUCGUAUCCAUCUAUAAGCAUGGCGUUAAUAAUAAGAACAGAGAUCGUCUCAAUAUUGGAUGAAACCGAGCGCAAUGAGCCACUUUCUUUGACUUAUAUGAAAAAUAACAUUAAGAUGAAAUUGGAUUCAAGAUUCCCACUAUCGGACAUACUAAUCUGCGCAUCCUUAUUAGAUCCGCGAUUUAGCUCAUUGGAUUGUGUAGUUGAUUAUUGUAAAGAAAAUAAUCUAAAAAAAACCGAGUUUUCGCUAAAAAUGUACAAAGAGCUGAUUGGCGAUAUACAACAAGAUAUCGAUCAAUUAAAUGAUAGCGAAAAUCAACCUGCAAACAAAAUAUUAAAGCUUGCUGAACGACAUUCUACAAACACAAAACAUGGCAACUUGGAAGCAGAAUGCCAUCUACUGUUAAGUUUGUCUUCACGCCAAGACGUACUAGCUUUUUGGAAGGAAAAAACAACUGCAAUGCCCUUACUAUCGAAGCUGGCACAAAAAGUAUUGUGUAUUCCGGCAACGAGCACACCAAGUGAGCGAGUCUUUUCCAUUGCUGGUCUUACAAUUACACAUAAACGGUCGCAGCUCAGUCCUCACAACGUCAAUAAAAUUAUUUUCAUUCAUGAUAACUACGAAACUUGUAAGGAAAGUUUUUCUUAAGAAUUUUUUUUUAAUAGUUUAAUAAUGAAGACAAUGAAUUUCAAUUUCAAUCAAUUUCAAUGAAUCUCAAAACUGUCAAGUCAAGAAAAGACAAUGAAUCUCAAAACUGUCAAAUCAAGAAAAGACUGUUAUUUUGUUUUAAUUUUAGUUUAAGUUGUUAUUUCGCUUUACUUACUUAUUAAUUAUGAAGUCAAUAAUUUCAGUUUAAUUUGUUAUUUCGCUUAACUUAAAAAUUAAUUAUCAAGUCAAGAAAAGACUCUUAUUUAGUUUUAGUUUAAUUUGUUAUUUCGCUUGACUCACUUAUUAAUAAAAGGAAAAAAAA